AAAGGACAGUGCACAAACUCUCAACACGCCAAAGUAAUCUACUUCAGUUGGGCAAAUACUAACUGCUACUGCCCGGAGGCCCCAGCAAGUCCCUGGGAGGUGUCUUUUCUCUGACUGAUGCAGGACCCUCAGAAGUCCUCUCCGCGGGGCUCGAUGCUGUCCCGGAAGUGGGAACUCCACUGUCUUUAGGAAGAAGCAUUCCCUGCUCCGGCGUGGCUGGGCCACACUGUUCCCGGGCUCUUUGCCGAGACUGUGAACACCAUUGAUGGAUACAAAAAUGGACAAUUUCACGACAGCCUCCGCAGCUCCUCAGGGCAAUGACUGUGACCUCUACGCACACCACCGCACCGCCGGGAUACUCAUGCCACUGCAUUACGGCUCUGUCUUCGUCAUCGGGCUGGUGGGAAACGUGCUAGCCUUGGUUGUCAUCAUUCAAAAUAGGAAAAAAAUCAACUCUACCACCCUGUAUUCAACAAAUUUGGUGAUUUCUGAUAUACUUUUUACCACUGCUCUGCCUACACGGAUAGCCUACUACGCACUGGGCUUUGACUGGAGGGUCGGCGAGGCCUUGUGCAGGAUAACUGCCCUGGUGUUUUACAUCAACACCUACGCAGGUGUGAACUUCAUGACAUGCUUGAGCGUGGACCGGUUCUUUGCCGUGGUGCAUCCUCUGAGGUACAACAAGAUAAAGAGAAUUGAGCACGCGAAAUGCGUCUGCAUAUGUGUCUGGAUUCUAGUAUUUGCUCAAACGCUCCCACUACUCAUAAAACCUAUGUCAAAGCAGGAGGAGGAAAGGACUACAUGCAUGGAAUAUCCAAACUUUGAAGAAACACAGUCUCUUCCCUGGAUUCUGCUCGGCGCGUGUUUCAUAGGAUAUGUGCUUCCUCUCCUGAUCAUUCUCUUCUGCUACUCUCAAAUCUGUUGCAAACUCUUUAAAACUGCCAAACAAAACCCACUAACCGAGAAAUCCGGCGUCAACAAAAAGGCUCUCAACACAAUUAUCUUAAUAAUUGUUGUGUUUGUUCUCUGUUUCACACCUUACCAUGUUGCAAUUAUUCAACACAUGAUUAAGAAGCUUCGUGUCCCUGAUCUCCUGGAAUGCAGCCAAAGACAUUCGUUCCAGAUCUCGCUGCACUUUACAGUAUGUCUGAUGAACUUCAAUUGCUGCAUGGACCCUUUUAUAUACUUCUUUGCGUGUAAAGGGUAUAAGAGGAAGGUCAUGAAGAUGCUGAAGCGUCAGGUCAGUGUAUCAAUUUCCAGCGCCGUGAGGUCGGCCCCGGAAGAGAACUCGCGAGAGAUGACAGAAACGCAAACAAUGAUACAUUCCAAGUCUUUGAACGGAAAAUAAAAAGGAAUUAAUAUUGGGUUUACAGCAAAGUAGACUGCAUGACAAACUUUGCUGGACUUUUCUUACAAAGCAAAAUGACCGUUCAACUUCCAAUUAGGAUGCCUGUAAAUUCCUUUCAUUGGGCGCGAGCUCCCACCUCCAACUUGGAAGAAAAACGGAUAUAUAUUAUUUUUUGCACUCAAGAAAAUAACAUGACGCAAAGUUCUAGUCUGUAAAUGAAAUACUAUACCAAAAGGGAGGCUAUUUUAAUAACUCUCAGUGUAAAAAGUUUUAUAAAAAACUUUAAGAAAUUUUUAUAAAAAAUUAAAAAUUACAGCAUCAGUAUUUCCUGCCUAUAAUUUGGCAAAAGAAAAGGCUGUAAGAUUGUACAUUGCUCGUGUAAAAAUUUCGAUAUGGUAACAUGUUAUUUUUCUUUUUGGUAACAUAUUUCUUUAAUCCCUACCUCUUUCAAUCUUAGACUUUUAUCUUCUCCAUACCAUCAAGCGUUUUGUUUUGUUCUGUUCUGAGUCAUAAUAUUUUGUAUCAAGGAAGUCUUUUGGAAUAAACAGCAGGAUGCUACAAAAUUAA